CAGCAUCUACUCUACCAGAGAGAGAGAGAAAGAGAGAGAGACAGAUCGUAGAAGAAGGAAGGAGUGAUUGAGAGUGAGUGAUCGGAGGAGAGCGAAAAUGUUUCUGAGGGCGGUGGCUCGGCCGUUAAUGGCGAAGGUGAAGCAGACAACGGGGAUCGUUGGAUUGGACGUGGUGCCGAACGCGAGGGAGGUUCUGAUAGGGCUAUACAGGAAGACACUGAAGGAGAUCAAGGCGGUGCCGGAGGACGAAGGGUAUCGUAAGGCGGUGGAGAGUUUCACGAGGCACCGGCUCAAGGUCUGCGAGGAAGAAGAGGAUUGGGAGAAUAUCGAGAAGCGACUCGGUUGUGGCCAGGUCGAGGAGCUCAUCGAGGAAGCUCAGGAUGAACUCAAGCUCAUCGAUAAAAUGAUCGAGUGGGAUCCUUGGGGUGUCCCAGAUGAUCAUGAAAUUGAGGUGAUCGAGAAUGAUGCACCAGUUCCCAGGCACGUUCCCCUCCACCGACCUCCUCCUCUUCCUCAAGAGUUCCACGACACGCUAGAAGCACUUCAAUCCAAAUCAGGAAAGGAUAAUCCUGCUAUCAGCUCUAGUGAAUCACCCUCAAAGGCUUGAUCUGCAGCCAGGAAGAUAAAGAGCUUUUGGUUUCUCAAUUCCAAUGUAUUUUCCCCUUUCUUUUCAUCAAAUUGUUUCUGCUAGGUACCGUUGGCUUCCUAAAUAACCCGAACUUUGAACCUUGAGAAAGAACAAAUAUUGCUUGUCUUUAUAUGUAUCCGUGAUUAAAAGUAAUUUAAGUCUUUUGACACCAAAUUCUGCCA